AUGAAAGAUGAAAUUGCUGCCACGGUCUUCUUCAUCACAAGGCUAGUGAAAAGGGAAGGCAAGCUGAGCAAGCACAAAGUGGAGAAGUUUGCAGCUAAGCUGACAGCACUACUGUUUGAGAAGUAUAAGAAUCACUGGUACCUGGACAACCCAUCCAGGGGACAAGCCUUCAGAUGUAUAAGGAUCAACAAAUACCAGACCAGAGAUCCACUGCUGGAACAAGCUUGUGUGGAGAGUAAUGUGGACUUCAACAAGCUUGGUCUGCCCAAGGAGAUGACCCUGUGGGUGGAUCCCUUUGAGGUGUGCUGCAGGUGUGGUGAGAAGAACAGACCCUUCGUCGUUGCUCACGUCAAAGGAGAGGAGAACCCUGAGCUCCCCCAGCAGAUCAGCUAUGCAGUGGAGAGAGCAGCACUGGACUAUCAGUCUGGCCUUUCCUCAGAUGAGGAGAGCUUCAGCAAGGAGCCUAAAGCUAUCCCUACUGUCAGCAACCCCAACAGUGUGUACCAGUUCAGUGACUACUACAAGGGUCCCAUCCAGCCCUGGUCCCAGUACCUGCAUAGGAAGACGUUUCUGGCUGAUGGCUCAUACUAUGCCCAGCACAAGGGUUACAAGGUCUACAGACCCUCAGCUGCCUUUGCUGGGCCACGUGUGGACAGGUACCACUGGAUCAACACCAAGAGGUAG